ACGCUAGAUGACCGCCGUGCCGCCGCUCGGGCUCCGUAGUUUGUUGGCUCCUUUUGUGUUGCGAUGUCAGCCGCUCGCCGUAGCGCCGGAACCCCGGGGAGGGGGCCAGGCUAACCGCUGCCCCCGCUGCGCCCUCUCCCCGCCUCACUCUCACUUUCUCCCCCUGCUAGCAGUAGCAGCAGCAGCGCGCUAGCUUAGCAGGCUGCAGACGAUAAACAAGAUGGCCACUGGCUAGCUGCUAGCUAGCUAGCCAGCCAGAUAGACAUGGCAGCCUGCCCGUCUUUGUAGGGCUGUGAGGCGGCUGCGGAGCGUGUCCUUCCGCUGGCAGCCGUGGGUUUGUGUGUGCGAACCACAGUAAAAGUUGUGCAGAGUUGGCGAAGAAUGUGGAGGUGUUAGAGCGAGAGCGGAGAGGAGCAACCUCCGGGGAGAACCACCACCAGCAGCCCGGGAGGCAGGCAGUGCGGCGGCUGCGUGGCGAGUGGAGGGGCCACCUGAGUGCUCGCGGGGUGACAGGCUCGUGAUGGUCAGCCGUACCUGCUGACAUCUGGCUGAUCUUUCACUACGUCAUCGUUUUCCAGAGGACGCUCUCAGGGACUCCCCAGCCCCCCCUCCUGUGAGGGCCAGCAGACUUCACCAGCAGGAGGGGAGUGGAGGAGGAGGAGGACUUUUACCAACCUCAGCGAUACCUCAGGUGUUGAAACGGAGCAGGUGAGGAGGAUUAGCUCCGCCCCCUCACCAUGACAGACUUGGAGAGUGAGUGCCUGAGCCUGGGCCUGCCCCCCGAAUGCGGCUCGCCUCCCCUGCCGCUGGACUCCUCCCUGCAGGUGGACUGCGGCGCCGGGCCCGUCGGCUCAACCCCGACGCCCACUCUGGCCCUCCUCUCCUCCGACUGUCCCACGCCCACGCUCAGUUCACUGGCAGCGGAGAUCGCAGAGCCGCUGGUGAUGCUGCCGUGCGUGAAGAGCGAGCCGGAGGACGGUGACCUGGAGCCCAUCAGGACCGUGGACCUGUCAGAGAUCCAGCCGCUGUCCACCGCCGAGCUGGGCCAGGACCAGAUCAAGAUGGAGAUCAGUGGCCUCGACUACAUCAAGUCUGAGCACCACGGGAACCACCACCUGGGGCCGUUUCACCACAGUGACGUAACAGAGCUGGACUACAAGUUGCACUACGAGCCGAGCUCAGUGUUCGACUACAUCUCCCAGGUCACUGACACUCUGGAGUACAUCAAGUCGGACCACCACGUGGACCUACAGUGUUACUACACCACCGAUCUGAGCGCGCUCAAGUCGGAGUACCCCGAGACCAACGCCAUGUCCGCCCACCUGCAGCACAACGGCCUCGAGUCCAUCCACAUGGCCGAGCUGCGCACGGAGCUCAACAAGCUCCGCCCCGACUCCCUGCACUUGGACAGCAUCGGCAAACCGGACGCUGAGUUCGGAGGGGGGGCGCUGUACGAGCUGCAGCCCGCACACGUGGGGAAGUCCUCCACAGAGGCGAUGAUGGCAGCAGGAAGGGCAGGAGGGAGUCUGGUGGUCACGACUAAAACACAGAGCCCGACGGUGAGGAAACCUCGCAACAUGCAGGGUGAAAAACCAUUCUCCUGCACGCAGUGCGGGAAAAACUUCAGCACGCUGGGAAACCUGAAAACGCACCAGCGCAUACACACGGGCGAGCGGCCGUACACCUGCUCGCAGUGUGGCAAGAGCUUUGGCCAAGCGGGCAACCUCAAGCGGCAUCAGCUCAUCCACACAGGCCAGAAGCCGUACGUCUGCGCCCACUGCCCCAAAGGCUUCACCAAAGCCGACGACCUGCGCUCACACCAGCGGCUGCACACCGGCGAGCGCCCGUUCAUCUGCACCACCUGCGGCAAGAGCUUCAGCCAGUCCAAGGAGCUGAAGGCGCACCACCUGAGCCACACGGGCGAGCGUCCGUACUGCUGCCAGCACUGCGGCAAGAGCUUCACCAAGGAGACGAGCUACCGCAACCACGUCCAGAUCCACACCGGCGAGAAGCCCUUCACCUGCUCGCAGUGCGGAAAGACUUUCAGCAACUCGGGCGUCUUAAAAACCCACGAGAAGAUCCACACGGGCGAGCGGCCGUUCGGCUGCACGCAGUGCGGGAAGAGCUUCGGCCGUCUCGGCCACCUGAAGGCGCACCAGCAGAUCCACACGGGCGAGCGGCCGUACGCCUGCCCCCAGUGCGGGAAGACUUUCAGCCAGUCGGGCCACCUCAAAGCACACGAGCAGAUCCACAAGCGAGAGCGAGCGGACACGGCGAGCACCAGCAGUGACGGCGGCAGCAGCGCCGUGGGCAGUGACAGUAGCUAACUGCAAACCCUUUAACCUCCGGAAAAACAAAGUAUUAUUCCUUUUUUUUUUUUUUUUUUUU